CGAUGGCAACUGAUUCUUUAGACCUUCGGCUCUGUCGGACUGGGUGCAGACUGAGUCGACCUUGUAUCGUGGCUACAGGUUCUCCGGGUUCUUCUACAGCCUCUCCACCCGCUUGUCUUAAGCUUUUAUCACACGCAAUCAAACUUUCUUUGUUAAUUUUACGCACAGGUUCCCAAUUCGGACAUUUGAGAAUAUCGCUGGUCCUUCCCUACCACCACCCGCGCGAUUUUCACAAAAACUUCAAGAGGGGCCAUGCAAGUUUAUGUGGCUGUGAUAUUCGCGUAUGGAGUGUCGGCACUCAAUAUCACAGAGGAGAAGGCGACGUGUCCUCUUGGAUAUUUCCCCUGUGGCAACCUGACUGUGUGCCUCCCUCAGCUCCUGCACUGCAACGGCAUCAAUGACUGUGGAAAUCAAGCCGAUGAGGAGAACUGUGGGGAUAAUAACGGAUGGCCCCAUCUUUUCGACAAGUAUUUUGGAAUACCCAGCUAUAACACUGGAACCAAGUCAAAUGUAUGCUUGCUGGGUGCUAUUCCUGAGCUCUGCCAAUGCCGAGACCUGGAGCUGGACUGUGACAGCACACAGCUUCAAGACAUCCCAGUGGUGGCGAUAAAUGUCACCAUGAUGUCCCUACAAAGGAACCGUCUUCAGAAACUGAAAGCAAACGCAUUCUUUAGGUACCAGAGCCUACAAAAACUAUAUCUCCAACACAACAGAAUUCAAGAUGUGAGUCCUCACGCAUUCAGAGGGCUGUAUAAUCUCACAAGACUAUAUCUGAGCUAUAACAAGAUAUCUGCCCUGAUGCCAGGGGUGUUCCAGGACCUGCACAAGCUGGAGUGGUUGAUCCUGGAAAAUAACAAUAUCCACGAAAUGUCCUCCAUGACCUUCUCAGGACUGAACUCCCUCGUUUUACUGGUUUUGUUGAACAACUCUUUGACAGAGUUGGAUGACAUCUGUCGGGAAAUGCCGAUACUGAAUUGGCUGGAUUUGGAGGGAAAUCUAAUUGAAACCAUUGGAAAUGUCUCAUUCUGCUCGUGCAGUAUGCUGACAGUUCUUGUUUUACAGCAGAACAGGAUCAGCCAUAUACACGAACAGGCUUUCUCUGUCCUUCAAAAGCUUGGAGAAUUGGAUCUAUCCAACAACAAAUUGGUGGCGAUCCCUCCCAAUCUCUUUGUCUCGCUGGGGGAUUUGCUCCAACUGAAUAUAUCAUACAAUCCCAUUGUGGAGCUCCAAGUUGACCACUUUGACAAGUUGUAUAAAUUGAAGUCAUUGAGCAUAGAAGGGAUAGAAAUUGGAAACAUACAACGGAGGAUGUUUGAACCUCUCAAAUACUUGACACAUAUCUACUUCAAGAAAUUCCAGUACUGCGGCUAUGCUCCCCAUGUGCGCAGCUGCAAACCCAACACUGAUGGCAUCUCGUCCUUCGAGGACCUGCUGGCCAACAUCGUGCUGAGGGUCUUUGUGUGGGUGGUCUCUGCCACCACCUGCUUCGGCAACAUCUUUGUCAUCUGCAUGCGCUCUUACAUCCGAUCAGAGAACAAACUCCAUGCCAUGUGCAUCAUUUCUCUCUGCUGUGCGGACGGGCUGAUGGGCAUCUACCUUUUCAUGAUUGGUGCAUAUGAUUUGAAGUUCCGCGGCGAGUACAACCGACAUGCUCAGGCCUGGAUGGAUAGCAGUCAGUGUCAGGUCAUUGGCUCUUUGGCCAUGCUGUCCACUGAGGUAUCCGUCCUUCUCCUAACUUACCUCACUCUGGAGAAAUAUAUCUGCAUCGUCUACCCUUUCCAGUACUUGACGCCUGGCUGGCGACGAACUGUCACCAUUCUUCUUGGGAUAUGGGUGUUCGGCUUCAUUGUUGCCCUCCUGCCGCUGGUGUUCAAGGGGCUAUUUCGCAACUUCUAUGGGACCAAUGGCGUUUGCUUCCCACUGCACUCUGAGCAGCCAGAGACCCUUUGGGCUCAUGUUUACUCCAUCGUCAUUUUCCUGGGUCUGAACUUGGUGGCAUUUCUCAUCAUUGUCUUAGCCUAUGCAAGCAUGUUCUAUAACAUCCAGAGAACAGGGACUCAGACCACUAAAUACAGCAACCACAUCAAGAAAGAGGUGACCAUCGCCAAAAGAUUCUUCUCUAUUGUCAUCACUGACUCCCUUUGCUGGAUCCCCAUCUUCAUCCUCAAGAUCCUGUCACUGCUGCAGGUCGAGAUUCCCGGUACCAUCAGCUCCUGGGUGGUCAUAUUUAUUCUGCCCAUCAACAGCGCCCUUAACCCCAUCCUUUACACGUUGACCACACGGCCCUUCAAAGAGACCAUUCUGCAGGUAUGGGCUAACUACAGGCAAAGGAGGCCUCUGCUCAGCGGUCACCAAGCUCAUCAUCCGUCGCUCACCUGGCAGGAAAUGUGGCCCCUGCAGGAGAACAGCCAUGGCCCCGCCACGGGGCACCCGCUGGAAACGACAGGCACGAUAGUUAAGCUCACGCCUGUGGAAAAUACUAAUGAGGGAUACAAUGACAUUACCACAUCCACACAGCAAUUCCAGAAGCAACAUAUAGUGCUGUCAGUAUGCUCAAAGAAACAAGCACCCACCACCCACACAUACACAAACAAAUGAUCUGGAUGUGGAUUAGCAGAUCUACAUGGAGCUGUUUGUAAUUUCAUCAAAACAUUACAUCAUCUGAUUAAAUGUAAUUCAAAUUCAUUCAUUUAAGCAAUUAAAAAUACACUGUUUAAAGGGACAGUCCUUGAUUUGUGCCCAUAUUUCUUAUUUGUAGUAAAACAGCAUUAGUAUUCAUUAUUAUCAUUGGAAAUUCCACUGCAUGCAUGUCUUUCCUGGGCAGCAGCCAUCACAGCAGUGGAUUAAGUCAAAGUGUGGAUACCUUUACAUAGCAGUACAGCUCCUCUAAUAAAGACUACAUGUUAGCUCCAAAAAUAUAUCUAUCAGUACAGAGCAGAAGCCAUGCCCCACUUAUGGUUUGGCUUUUGUUUCACUAGCUUUCAUUGCUCAGUUUAAUUUCUCACAGAGGGCUUCUUUCAUCAUUCUUUCUGAAAGUAUUCUGUCCAUAUUCUGAUCGGAAUAUUGAUCUACUAUUAAAGUGGCAAGUAAAAUUUGGACAGCUUCUAACUGAGAUAAAAGACAGAAUAAUUUGUUCAAAUCCAACCUUUGCCAGCGCCUCUGUGGCUAAGACUCAUUAAAUAGAUUGUUGUUGAAUGCUAAAAAAAAAAAAAAAAUUAAUUGUUGAGUGUGUACAUUUUAUUUUGGACUUUGGAAACUGUAGUUUGACAACAACAACAAAAAUCAAGAUUCACUUACCAGCUUUUUUCAGAGCUUUUUAGGCACAUCUUGUGGUCUUUCUCAUGGAGUUUAAAAAUAAAAAAGUAAGUGUUUAUAUCUACAGUAGAAUAUUUUUUUGUUUGUAAUAUGGACAAGAUAAACCUUAUCAUGGUAUUAUAAUACCAGUAGCUGUAAAUCAGCCCAUGCUGUUGUGGCAGCCAGUGACAGUAAAGUGCAAUGCUGGUGUACCGAUGACACUAAUGCAAAGGGAUUGUAUGGGAGACACAUUGCAAAACACCACAGCAACGACAAGUUAUGUUCCAACGAUGUUCCUAAAAAUUUAGAAUUAUAAAUAGAAUAGUAAUUGUAGAUUAUGUAAACAUCAAAAACAGGAACCACUAAGAUCGCAGCACACGAGGAAGUAAACAUAGAGAGUAUUUAAAGCUCUUUAUAGCCUAGUGCUCACUAUUUAUCUGAAUUACACUAAACUGAAAAAGACCACAACUGGUAUUUGUUUGCUUUUUAACUUUGCAGCAAGUUCAUUGUAGUUCGUAAUGCCUUUUCCAGGCCCUGAGCAAGGAUGUCUUAUGGGAACAUUAUGUGUCAAGGAAAACUGUAAAAUUUGCAGCUUGAGGCUUUGAAGCCUCAGUCACUGGACAGGUCUACUGAAGAAUAUUGUUGAGUGAAUCAACCCAGUUUUAUGCAUUUCUCUUUAUAAAAGGGAAUGGUCAUCAGUAUACAUUUCAUGCUGCUAGUUUAAUCUUGUAUUGAUAAUAAUACAUGCAACCUGUUUGGUAUUUAGUCCAUAAAAAAAGUAUUUUCUGUGUUGCCUCUGCCACCAAAAAUUAUCUUAUGGAAAUAUUGAAUGUAAUGUAUGAGAUAUGUCCGGUAUGAUUCACAAAGAAUGUACUUAAUUUGGGCAGAAUAGAUUUCCCCAGCUGGUCUGGGGGUUUAAACUUGGACUCAACCAACCACUACACCACACGACACAUUUUUUACACUGAUCUGCACAGUGAAGAUUUGUACAAUGACCAUAAACUCUUCUGUGCAUAUUUUGUUUAAUGAACUAAUGAUUCCUGUGGAAAUUGAUCUUUUCAGACAUUGUAAAUGUAGGAAUGUAUAGCAAACAUACUACAAGAGAGUAAAUUAGUUAUUAGAAUAUGUGAAUUCAUAGUAUGUGCUGUUUGUGUCAACAUUACAUUCCCAUACGUGCUGAAAAGACUAAGAAGCCAGUAAUUUCUUUGAGAUAUAUUGAUAGUAUCUGCAGGCUUACAUGUAAUAUUGAUAGGUAUGUUUAAAUAUUUGUUGUAUUGACUUGUGUCCUACUAUAAUUACUUACAAAGGUAGUUUUUUAUUUUUGUUUUUCUUGUGCACAAUAAAUAGUCCUUGUAUCUGCA